AUGUUUACUCUUUCUGAAGUCUCCGAACACAACACUCACGAUAGUUGUUGGGUUAUACUUUAUGGAAAGGUGUAUGAUGUUACAGGCAUUCUUAAUAGUCAUCCUGGAGGAAUACAAGCAAUCCUGCGUUGGGGAGGACGAGAGGCCACCGAAGAAUUUGACAUGAUUCAUCCUCCUGAGACCAUAAAAGAGAUUGAGCAGUCAUACCUGGGGACAGUCGAGCCACAGGAGCCGCCAAUUACGGAUUCUACGACCGAAGAUAUCACCCAAGCGCCAUUAAGCACCUUGCUGAACUUGGAAGAGAUCGAAACCGCAGCUACAAAGGUCAUCAGCAAAAAGGCAUGGGGGUAUUACUUUUCCGCUGCCGACGACAAGAUAUCCAAGUAUCUCAACACCCAGGCCUAUCGCUCAAUUCUGUUUCGACCACGGGUAUUUGUCGAUUGUCGUACUUGCGAACUGGAGACAAACCUCCUAGGUCACAAAGUCGGGCUACCGAUCUUCGUCAGUCCAACCGCAAUGGCACGUUUAGGACAUCCCGCAGGCGAAAGGGGGAUUGCAGAAGGUUGUCGCCCUUUCGGGGGGCUCCAAAUCAUCGCAAACAACUCCUCCCUGUCUCCAGAGGAUAUUGUCGCAAACGCACCCCCAACGCAAGUGUUUGGAUGGCAGCUUUACGUCCAGCUAGACAGACAAUUGAGCGAAAAUAUGUUGGCGCGUGUCAAUCGGUUAGAUCGAAUCAAGUUCAUCGUAUUAACACUUGAUGCUCCGGUAUCGGGUAAGCGAGAAGACGAUGAGCGGAUCAAUAUCCAAGCCAACACAGCGGCAAGUGUCAGCACCCAGCUCUUUGCCGGAACAGAUCCAUCGCUCACUUGGGCGGAUACUCUUCAGUGGUUGUCGCAGCAUACCACGAAGCCGAUUGUCAUCAAAGGUAUCCAGACGCACGAGGACGCAAUCCUAGCUACUCAGUAUGCACCUUUUGUUAAGGGGAUUGUUCUAUCCAACCAUGGUGGGAGAUCGCUUGAUACAGCACCUCCUGCUGUGCAUACUCUUCUUGAACUUCGAAGACAUUGCCCCGGUGUGUUUGAUAAGGUUGAAGUGUGGGUAGACGGUGGAAUCCGUCGUGGGACAGAUGCUGUCAAGGCGCUAUGUCUUGGUGCCAAGGCUGUUGGGAUAGGAAGGCCGGCUCUUUGGGGCCUCGCUGCUGGUGGGGUUGAGGGGGUCGAGCGAACAUUGCAAAGUUGGUUUUGCUCAAAACUUCGGUCAAGUACAGCGUUUCUAACAUAA